CUGGCUGUUUAUUUACACACAGCUGGUGGUGGUACAAAAAGAGAGAGACUUUCCCCUCUACCCCCAACUCAAGACAGCACAUUCCCCUCUCCUGAAAAAACAGAAGACAGCCUUAAAUGGAGGAGGAGCAGAAUCCCUGAGCAAUUCAAUUAUUUGUACACUAGGUCUGAAGACAGAAGGUAAGAGGGGUCUGGCUGUUUGACUUACUCUAUACUGAUAUUCCCAAGAUUCUCAUAUAGUCAAGAAAUUCAAUGUGAAAAUGAAAAGCAAAUGUGGUCUGCGGUUCCUACUGGUGGCAGGUCAGUUUUAUAUACCUACAAUUUAUAAAGUGGAUAAGACCCUCUAUUGUGAGCCAAUGUGUGUAUAAUGCCCAGCCAGACAAAUGCAGACGGAGCAUCAUCAGAUUCUAGUCCAGAACCAGGUUUAUUAUUAUUAUUAUUGCCAUUUAUAUAGCGCCAACAGAUUCCGUAGCGCUUUACAAUAUUAUGAGAGGGGAUUUAACUAUAAAUAGGACAAUUACAAAUAAACUUACAGGAACAAUAGGUUGAAGAGGACCCUGCUCAAUCGAGCUUACAUUCUAUAGGAGGUGGGGUGUAAAACACAGUAGGACAGGUUAAGAAUAGUACUAUAGAAAGAGAUUUCUAAACGGAUUUAGCAAUGUCCUAAGUAUAAAAACUUGUUUGUGAAUGCAUACAAAAUAAAGUGGAGCUUAUGUACUAAGAGUAAAAACUUGUCAAAGUUCUAUAAGUGGAGCAAACAGCAGGGACGUUCCAUUGGUUUCCAUGGUGACUGCUCCACUUUUAGACCUUUGUACCAUAAUUAACCUUUAUACAUAACUCCAUUGUGUUACUGCUUAUUUCUUACUUAUACUCGGUGGAAAUAUUGUAACUAAUGCUUGGUCCUGUUAUUAGAUUAUAUACCACUGUUGUACAUGGAUAUUGGCAGGAUUCUAUAUUCUUAUAUCAUAUUUUAGAAUAGUAUGUUUUCAGUAAUGUAAUGUAUAGACCUGUUAUUCGAUAUCCUCUUAAUGUAUUUCCAUAGGGUACAGUAUGCGUUUAUACUGACCAUCAUAGAUUACUGUAACAAGCUAAAAAAUGAAAUAUUGAUUUCUAAAUAGAUAGAUUGUAUUAUUAUUAUGUUAUCAGGGAGUAAACGGAAUCCAUCCGUUAAUUGUGCCAUUUAAAUCAAAUAAUCCCUAUUUUCCUAAUAAAUGUUCCUCUGCAUUUUGCAUACAUUACUAUAAGUAACUAUUAUUCUAGCGAUAUAUAGAAAUGAAGUUUAUAUAUUAGUAGUAGUGUUCUUUUCAGAGCUGGGAGCAUUGCCUCUUUCCUGGGAUGUUUCCAAUAGUUAGGAUUUGGCUGAUACUCGUUCUAUGUGAGUUCGAUUUGCAGGCAGUCAGUAAAGGAUACAAAGCAAUGUAUAGCCGUGCUAAGCAGAGCUGUGCUAAUGGCAGAGUAAUGAAAGGGGUCGCAGGUCAGGACAGGCACAUGCAGGCAAGCUUACUGAAUGGAAGCCGGUAGGAUCCAGUCUGUUCAGCUGGAGUGAAAAAACAAAACAAAACAAUAAACGCAUGGGAGAUGGAACAAAGAUGGAGAGCUGGAGAGAGUGCUUGUUGUAGAUAACAUAUACAGAUAGACAGUGUCUUGUUUCUUUGGUUUGCCUUUCGUAUCCUGUCCAAUUCAAUAAUAUCACAUAUCAGAGAUCUAGUUGCAAUAGUCGUAUCUUACUAGCAGUUGUAUAGAUUUAGGAUUACAAAGAUUUUUUCUUUUUUUUUCUUUUAAUUUCAUAAUCUCACAGUCUCCAAUUCUCCAUGAACAAAAUGUAGGGGUUUUAUGGUUAAUUAUGGCUUAAGAUUUCAAAUCCGUAAAAUGACUUGCUACUGCAAGCCUGGAGGGCACUGGGGGCUUUCUGACACUGGUGUUUGUCACAAAAGAAAAUACAUCACUGUGACAGUGGGGAUACAUUCUCAGGAAUAAACUGCUCCAUGAUGUGGGCUGUAGUCAAUCUUUAAACCCUAAACGAAAAAUAAAAACAGUAUGAGGGGGGGGGAAUUAAGACAGCGCAGGGACAAAUGGGAACUAUUUUACAGACAAUAUUGCAUAGGAAAAAAUGCAACAUAUGAAACUGUAGGUUUAACCCCUUAAGGACACAUGAUGUGUGGCAUGUCAUGAUUCCCUUUUAUUCCAGAAGUUUGGUCCUUAAUGGGGUUAACAGUAACAGCUCCCAAAGCAUUAAAUACCUCAUUUUUCAGAAACACCAAUUGUAUAUUAGUAUGUUUUUGGAAGUAACAAUAUUGGUACUCGCAUGCUGCCGCUUGCUCCAAUGAAAAUAUUGCUUUAUCUCCAAAACUGUUUUACAUUGUGAGGGUGAAACUGCAAGGACAGCGCAGCCAGAUCACUUCAUUGAGAUGGACUGGUCUGGCUGCAUAUUUCGAUCACUUAAAAUACAUUUAUCAGCCUCUGUCCAGUCCCUGAUGUUACACGGGCCCAGCUACAAUCUCACCAAGUCUGACUCAUGCCUUAUCAUUGUUGGUUUAGAUAAAAACAGAGAGGUCAGAAGGAGGGGAAAAACAUUGCUUGGUAAAUAAUCUCUAUUUUAGAGAGUCAUAAUAAAGUAUAUCUGCUAUUCCUUAUAGAGUUCUACAUUGAUUAGUUUAUAAAAUAUACUUAAAGCUGGAUACCUGCACAGUUCUUACCAGGUGUCACGAUUAGUAGUGGAGAUUGUGGAAACGUUAAAUGUGUCUGCAAAAAUGUCUCUGAGCACGUAUUUUAUCUUACCCUUUCUCUCCUCCAUUCAUUCUCAUGUUUAUAUAAUUCUAAUUCUCUAUUACUACUUUAGGUGUCUUACCUUCCCUCUUUCCCCCCACUCCCCUGCGUUUCUCCAAUUUAACCCCCUCCACUCAGCUUAGACUUUCCUUUUUAAUUAAAGUUACAUUAUAACUUUAGGAAUACAAACCUGUAUUCCUAACACUAUAGUCCACCCUUCCAGUUUGAUCUAAAACGGUUAACAAUCUUUUUUACUUACCUUUUUCCAAUGCUGAGGCUCCCAACUUCGAGGUCUCCUCCUCCUGUAAUGUCACUACGAUGAUGGGACCUAACGCACAUGCGCUGGACUCACCACGUGAAUUAAAGCUUCCCCAGGGAAAGCAUUGAAUCAGUGUGUUCCUAUGGGGAAUUUGAAACCAGUCAAUGUCCUCAUGCAGUGGCAUACACACAAUCCAUGGGGCCCUGGUGUAAAACUGAUCCGUGGCCCCCCCAUACCCACCGACACAUACAUACAGACAGACACACGCACCCCCUGACAGAUACACACACACAGAGACACAUACAGACACAGACACACACACACACACACACACAUAAAUACAGACACAGACACACACAUACAGAGAGACACAUACACAUAGACACACACACACACACACACAGAGACACAGACACGUACAGAGAUACAGACACGUACAGAGAUACAGACACGUACAGAGAUACAGACACGUACAGAGACACAGACACACAUAGACACAUACAGAAAAUAGAAAAAUCUCAGGCACUCACUGCGAUUGUUUCCAGGCAGAUUUAUUGCAACAUUUCGACCUGUUAAAGGACCACUCUAGGCACCCAGACCACUUCAGCUUAAUGAAGUGGUCUGGGUGCCAGGUCCCUCUAGGAGUAACCCUUUUUUUUUAAUAAACAUAGCAGUUUCAGAGAAACUGCUAUAUUUAUAAAUGGGUUAAUCCAGCCUCCAAAGCCUCUAGUGGCUGUCUCAUUGACAGCCGCUAGAGGCGUUUGCGUGUUUCUCAUUGUGAAAAUCAUAGUGAGAAGACGCCAGCGUCCAUAGGAAAGCAUUAUGAAUGCUUUCCUAUGAGACCGGCUGAAUGCGCGCGCAGCUCCUCAUGGUAAGGAACGAAUAGAUAAAUGGCUGAAAAAGAUAGUCAUAGAAAAUACAGGCAGUCCAGGUUUUACAAAAAAACCACAUAAACAAUUGCAUAUGCACAGAUCUUUUAGAUAAAUGUAUCACUUAACUAAAGUAGUGCAAUUAAUCAUAUAUGACUAUACCUGAGAUUCAAUAAGAUACCAAACACAUCGAGGAGAGACCGGGCUGCCUCUCCCACGUGACUAGACACAUUUUUUUUUUCUUUUCUACAGAGACAUACAUAUACAAAAUGUUUCCUACCUUGUGACUUUCCCUGUGGGCUCAGCCUGAUGUGAGUCAGAGUUCCCACCUCCUUUCUCCCGCGCGGGUCCUGAUAGCUGGGAGGAGUGACUGAGGAGUCACUUUCUCCCAGCAGUGAUCUCAUCACAGGGGGCCUGGUCGCCCUGUUAAAGUGCCCAGCGCUGACCAGGCCCUCUGAUAAUCCAUCUCCACCGGGUGGCCCUGGCAGCAUGGGCCCCUCCAUAUGCUGGUACCAGGUCGCGGGGGUCUGCAGGGCGGCUGGGCCCCUUGGAGUGCCGGGCCUGGUCGCAGCUGCGACCCCUGCGACUGCAGUAUGUGCGCCAGUGUCCUCAUGCAAAGUAUGAGGACAACCAGGAAACGCCUCUAGUGGCUAUCUGGAAGAAUAUUUUACAUUGCAGGGUUAAACAGACCCCUUCAAUGAGAUGGUGCAUAUAGGUGCCCCUUUAACCCCUUAAGGACACAUGACGGAAAUAUUCCAUCAUAAUUCCCUUUUAUUCCAGAAGUUGUCCUUAAGGGGUUAAUUCAUAGCAUCUUCUUGUGCACAUUAACUUAUAUGUGUAUUAAAUGAACAGGAAGAUCCUGGUGAUGCUAAAAAAAAAAACCUUGAAAAAAAUGUGACAUCCAUUUCACGUGAGCUUUUAUCUAGCUCAAGGAGAAGGCAAGUGCUCCGAGGUUAAUGUUUCACCAAAUUAUUUUGGGUAAGAAUAAAACAAAUUAAAUUCUUAGUUAGGCAACAGAUCCUCUUUCAAAUGGAGUGUUUUCGUGAUUUAUGCUUCUGUUAUGAAAUACAUAAAUUAUGUUUGUUUUACUUCUGUAGAACUGUUCAAAUGGUGUAGAAACCAGUUGUCUUUCCACAAAAAUAACUGAUAGCAGUUAAAGCAUAAUCCAUGCAUUUUGGAUGAGCCAGCAGCUUUUACUAUAAAUGUAUAGGCAGCAAUGCACAAGUAUUUGACCUCUGGUUACUGAUCCACGUUCGUGAGUGAGCUUGCUUGCGCUACAAAGAAAAUCACUGUUCAGAGGCUUUUAUAAAUGUAUGCUAUGAUAAGGUCAUGCUGGAACAUCUUCGAUCUUUACUUUACGAGAAGUAAGAUGUGGAGCCUAAGGUGCACACAGGGCCGGCGCUUCCUAUAGGCGACUUAGGCAGUCGCGUAGGGCGCAUCUUUAUAGGGGACGUGCGCAGCGCCCCUCAAGCUGCAGCCGCCUUCAGGUGGCACAGCCCGGGCCAGCGCACCCUUUAGGGUGCACCGGCUCUGGGGGCUCAAGUUACGAGAGUCCCGGCAGGAGGGAAGCGCACAGCGAUCCCUCCUGCAUGUCACUCUGAGUAGUGUGGUCGGGCGGCGCAGACAGGAGCUUCCUGUACUCGGCCAGACUUACAGGAAGUGCUCUCUCAGUGUGCCCUGGGUGCACAUACAUGCUCACAUAACAUUCCUGACACACUGACUAGAUAACCUUUAAAAGAAUGCUAAAUUGGAUAUGUAUAAAUGAAAAAGAUCCAAUAGCAGCCCCCACCAGCUCUACUUCCAACAAAGAGAAAAAAAAACUCAUAGGCAAGAGCUUCCAUUAGUGCUCCUGAGCGAAGUCUGUUGUGCAUGGUUAACUCAUUGGCUGACAGCACCGAACCACUCUCAGCCAAUGAACUUAGCCUAAGGAUUUAGCUCAGACAGGGCGCGUAUGGCACUAUAGUGGAACUAUAGAGGGAGCACCUGUUCUAAAAUGGGCUUGACACCAGUUCUAAUAUAGGACACCAGGAUGCUAAAAGCACUACAAUGUGCUGGAGUGGUUAUGGAGCUUGGAGUGUUUAUUUAGCCCAUUGCUCAGAAUUUUUGCCUGUUUUUAACGUACACAUUAGCAACUGCUAUUUUUGUAUAAGUUUUGCAAGUUGUCUUUCAGCUCACCACAAAUAACUAUUUACUGAAUAGAAAUAGUUAGUGGCCAUUUUGAACUUCAUAAUAGAGAGAAGAAGCAAGGGACCCCUUAAAGCAUUUACUUUGAUGGAGAAAGUAAACUGUUCACUAAAAUAUAUGACAGUUUUCCUUUAAUCAGUAAGCAUCUUGACGCCAUUUUGAAUUAGUACAGCCUUCAUUGGAGAACAUUGUCCUCAUUAUAAGAUAUAUUUUUGAAUGUAACAAAAACAAAGAAUAUGAGCAUACAAUAAAUGAAGUUGGUGUCUACAGGAAAGUGUUAUCCCUGUGUUGAAGAAUAAAUUGCAGGAUAUUGAAGCUUUGUUUUUAUCAAGCAAAGGAUUCACCAGGAAUCCUGCAUAUGUAAGCCUAAAGCUAGUAUUUCUGCAUUCCAAGGCUCUUUCUACAUGCUAUGUUACACAAUUCACUAUUCCAGGAACAUAGUGAAUAGUAAUAAAGUAAUAUUCAAAAACAACAUAAGUUAUAUUUAAAUGUCAUGUUUUUCUUUCGUACAUUAUGACUUACCAGGCAGACUAAGGAUCACAGGAAUUGUAGUUCACAAAUAUCUGCAGUGCUAAGAUUAGCCGACAUUGUUACAUCAAUGUUUAAAUGAGAUGUACACCAAAAUUAAAAAAAGAAAAAUACUUAAAAUAUUUCAAUCUGUGACACUUCUGAGGUAAUAAUGGAAUUGCAUUUAUCAACUUCUGAUAAGACAACCUCCAAAUUACCUCAAAUUAGAAUCUCCCAAAAAUGGACCAAAUUGGUUCUGAUUACCCAGUCAUAGUUCCAAGAAUGAAGAUGUAAACACUUCCUGAAUUAGCACCAGAUUUUCAAAAUGUCAGCUGACCUUUUCUCAAUAAGGUUAUAUGCGAAGUAAAUCAGGGUUCUCCCAGAUCUCCAGUGUGAGCCCACAGGAGUGGGUUCCCAUUCCAUCACACCAUCCUUCCAUUACGUGCUUUUGUUAUUACACAAUACACUACCCAUGGUUUGAGGGAAUUUAAGGUGGCACUGGGCCCCUUGAGUUAAUAAGUCAAGAAGCAGGCACACUGAUAUUGUCAAAUGUCCAAAUGUGUGAAAUGCGGAUUGACUGAAUUGCUAUAAAACAAAUUAGUAUAUUCAUGGCUUAUUAACGUGUAUGGCUCUGAAUUAAUGCAGUUUAAAAGCACAUUUGAAUAUAGCAUUACCUCGUAGUGUAUUCCUGACACUAUAGUGGUAAAAUUACUAUUUAGGUACCGGCCCCUUCUCUUUACUUUAAAAAGUUGAUUUUACUCACCUUAAUUCCAGCGUCACACUGGUCUUGCUGUGGCUGGCCCCGCUUUGCUCUGCCCAUGUGGCUGAGAUCAUCAACUUUAAUGAUCUCAGCCAAUCAAUGUUUUCCCAUAGGAAAACAUUGGGAGGCUAUUGCACAUGCACUGCAACACCAAUAGAAACCAAACAAUUGAACCAACUGCGUUGGUUGUGAAUAAGUUGCUGCAAAAAUGCAAUCUUUAGAAUACUGUGAUUUCAAAUGAUGUGUCCUUUUGUCUAUUAAUAAAGCUAUGUCACUCUGUUAAGCAAUAUGUAGCAAUCAAUAAAUCCUAUAGGAAUCGCCAUCCACAAGGACCACGGAAAGUAGAGAGACCCUAUAAGUAGAUCCUAGUUAAGAAAGAAGCAGAAGACCAGUAUGAGGAGAGUAAGCAAUCGUCUUGCACUGGACAGCCAAAGUGUAAAGAGAGGAUACAUAAAUAAGAAUUAGAGCUGUAGGGUAUCCAAAGAUCACAAACCUUGGUGAAAUGUACCAGGGCAUCAUGGACUUGGAUUAGAUGCAAUGUUUGAUAAGGAUACACGUGGUAAUCUUUAGAAAAUUUAAUAGGAUACUAGUCAGUUCUGAUAGUGGCAACCUUAGUCUGUCUGUCUCUCUCUCUCUCAGAACUUGAAACAGUUAAUAAUAGAUGGUCGAUAAUGAGACGUGUGGUGUGACAUGUUUAUUAAAAUCUUUGAGGUUGCAAAGGUAUAAGAGGUAUAAGGUCUAAGGAAUUCUGUAUGGAAGUGUUAAAUCAAAGCAUCCAGGAAUCAGAGUAAGUAUAUUGGAUGGUCUGUGGAAAGUGCAUUACACUCACCGGGAGAGAUGAGACAGGGAAGAUAAGGUAGAGAGAUUUCUCAAGAAAUCAUUCUUAAAUUAGUUGUACCAUGAACCAAUUGACACUGUAUUUUUUUACAAAUCAGAUUUUGAACUGAAAAGCCUUCCACAUGUUUAAAGGGACACUAGAAGAACUAAAACCCCACUCCCUCUAGAAUGUAAGCUCCUUGAGCAUGGCCCUCCACCUCUGUUCCUGUACGUCCAGUUGCCUGGUUACAAUUACAUGUCUGUUAGUCCACCCAUUGUACAGCACUACGGAAUGUGAUGGCACUAUAUAAAUAAUAAAAUAUUAAUAAUAAAACAACUGUAUAUUAAUGAAGCUGCUUUGGUGUAUAGAUCAUGUCCCUACAGUCUCACUGUUCAAUUCUCUGACAACAAACCACUUAAAUUUAUACAGCUCUAGUUAGACCUCCAUGCAUGUGACUCACACAGCCUUCAUAUGGACUUCCUGUAAAGAGAGAUCUAAUGUUUAAACUUCCUCUAUUGCACAUUCUAUUUAUAAGAAUAAAACAAAUUCUAUUUACUUUAUAAUUUCUUAUCUCCAGUUUUUGUACACCAUAGCCAACACCCUCACUCAGAAAAAAAGACAUCCUUAUCAAAUGUAUGCACACAGUCACUGAUAGCACUGAGUGAACUGAUUGUAAUUCACAACUUGGAUGCUGAUAAUCAGUAUUAGUUUUUUUUUUUUUUUUAUGAAAAAAGACAAAAAAAACCUAAUAUUAGACUGAUUAAAAGCCUUGUUAACUCCAACCAAAAUAAGUUUACUUAUCAAAUGAACACAUGCGGUAUAUUUAAAAGUAUUAAAAAAGAUCAAUCUUUGUGAAACCUCCUUUUUAAAGAUGGGCACAUGUUGAUGUCAGAACGGUGCUAUAUCACGAUAAGGCCUAGGAGUAGUUUGACAAUCUAAUUUAACUUUUUUUUGAAUAAGCUUUUCAAAGGAUUCAAUAAUAUUUUGAAAAAAAUCAUUUCAAACAUUGAUCCUAAAAUAUAUAAAGAACAUGUCAUAUAACAUCAACCUUAAAAAUAACUCAAGAUACAACUAAUGCACUUGUUCAUGCACUCAUUUCCUGACUUGACAACUGCAACUAACUACUCAUCGGCUUUCCAAAUACUCGCAUUGCCCUUCUUCAGUCUUUAAGGAACACUUCCACAAGGCACAUAACUGACCGCUACUCCCACACCUCACCCUUUUUGCCCAUCUUUACAUUGGCUUCCUUCGGGAUCCAAUUCGAACUGCUAACACUAACCUCCAAAGCCCUCACACUAACUUGUCUGCUCACUACAUUUCCUCUUUACUCAACAAACGUACCCCUUUUCAUUCACAACGCUCAAACAUACCUUCUCCUGAAAUCUGCUCGUUCCCACAUUGCCAACUUUCACCUGCAAGAUUUUCAAGGGCUGCCGCAAUCAUUUGGAAUUCACUACUCCAUGCCAUCAGACUCCCCCCUGGCCUCCAGUCCUUUAAAAAGUCACUGAAAACAUAACACUUUAGGAAAGUUUACCAUCUUCCUGCAUGCUACUAUCAUUUCACUGCCCUCAUCAGUUCCUACGCCUCCAUGCCCAGCUCACUCUCUCCGGUUUUGUUCUUCCACUCACCACUUUUACCAGCUUAUCUUACGCAUCAAUCACUACCCCCUCUGACAUACUGUUAUUUCGCUUGUGUGUCUUUACCCAUUCCUUAUAGAUUGUAAAAUAGUUUAAUCAGGACCCUUUUCCACUUUUGUCUCUGUUAUACUCCGUAUGUAAAUUACUUGUUGUGAAAUAUCCCUAUUUUAGAAUUGAAAAGCGCAACAGAAUAUUUUGGCAGAAUGUUAAUAAACAAAAAAAAAUAAUGAUCAAUAUCUUCAAACAUUACAUUGUUAAAAUAUUUUUCAAAUAUUAAAUAAUUUUAACAGUUUAUCCACACAGAUUGAAUCUAUUUAAAAGCUUAUCCAAAAAUGUUAAAUCUGGGCCUAAGUUAGUAUAAAUAUUGGUAGUAAUAUUGAAUUUAGUAGUGUUCUAAUGUAUUGAGGGCUGACCUGUCAUGCUUCUCUAAUGCUUAAAUUAGUUAUUAUUUCUUUACAUUUGCAGUGUUACUGAGUGCAUUUAGUAUUUGGUUUCUACCGGUUAAUUCAGCUACUACGGAUAUAUUUUUAUUACUUGCUGGUAGAACAUCCAUCAGAACAAAGACUGUGACUGAAUCCUACGAGGAAAGUACAUAUGCGACACAGGAUGUCAAUACCAGAGAUCUGGAUACAAACAUUACAGUUGCAUUAACAUUACUGGCUAAGCCAGAGGAAGUCACAGACAUUCAAGGAAGCUCUUACAAUUCAACAGUGAGUGAUAAAAAUACUCAAUCUGCAUUUACCCCAAGUAAAGAUACAUCACCAACUCGAAAAAGCCUAUAUGCUUUACUGGAGUUUACAACAUUCAAUCCUGUAACAGAGUCUAACACCGACAAAAAAAGCUUUACAGUGCCAGACCUCCACACACAAGAUACAAAUUCAUCUGGGAUUGUUACUCCUAAACCAUCACUGGCUCCAGAAUUCUCAACUGCAGGAAUGGGGGACAACAAAACUGCCUGUAUACGCAGCACAGGUCUAACAGAAGCUGAAGUUUUAGCUAUUGUCGUUGGAGCUGUAUUCAUGACCAUUUUACUAAGUAAGUACUAAUAAAUAGGGAUCCUAAAACAUUACUGAGCUUUAAGAUUUUAUGUAAUCAUUGAUAUUUAUUAAAGUAUAUAUUGCUACAUAAUCUGAGAUUUUGCAUCUAUCUAAAAUGAUAUUGACGUAAAAUGAGCACUUUUACACAUUAAAGGUUUUGGUGCACUGCAAAUACACAAACAAUUCUUACAAACAUAUACUCCACAAACCUUGCUAUUACUUAAUGCAUGCAAUAGACAGAGUAUACGGUUUCUGUCUUCAUUCGUUUUCAAUAGUAGCAUAGCUUUGAUUUGCUGUAAUUCAUCAAAAAUGUGACAGUGCAUAUGUAAGUGUUUCUAUAUAUGUUUAUGACUUUAUGUGUGUGUCUCUAUUAAAGGGACACUAUAGUCACCUGAACAACUUUAGCUUAAUGAAGCAGUUUUGGUGUAUAGAACAUGCCCAUGCAGCCUCACUGCUCAAUCCUCUGCCAUUUAGGAGUUAAAUCCCUUUGUUUAUGAACCCUGGUCACACCUCCCUGCAUGUGACUUGCACAGCCUUCCAUAAACACUUCCUGUAAAGAGAGCCCUAUUUAGGCUUUCUUUAUUGCAAGUUCUGUUUAAUUAAGAUUUUCUUAUCCCCUGCUAUGUUAAUAGCUUGCUAGACCCUGCAAGAGCCUCCUGUAUGUGAUUAAAGUUCAAUUUAGAGAUUGAGAUACAAUUAUUUAAGGUAAAUUACAUCUGUUUGAAAGUGAAACCAGUUUUUUUUUUUCAUGCAGGCUCUGUCAAUCAUAGCCAAGGGAGGUGUGGCUAGGGCUGCAUAAACAUAAACAAAGUGAUUUUAAUUGCAGGGGAACGAUCUAUACACUAAAACUGCUUUAUUUAGCUAAAGUAAUUUAGGUGACUAUAGUGUUCCUUUAAUGCGACUGUGUAAUUGUUUUUCUAUGUAUGUUAUGUGGAAGUAAAGGUAAGAUUUUAUGAUAAUAUAUUUGGGAGGGAUACAUAUUCUUGAAUGGCUUAGGGGAAACAAAAAACGAAAUACAUCAUUGCAUCAACCUUCUCUGAAACAUCAUAGUAUAGCCUCCUUUUAAUCUAUACAAGUUUGUAUGGUGUGUGCAAUCACUUCUGAGUUCCAAACACUCGGUGUGCCAGUAUGGCCUAUAUCUCUCCCUGUACUGUAAGCCCCUGUACUAUUUCUGUUUUAAAUAAAGUUGGGAUUUUUUUUUUCUUCAAGAUUAUUUCCUAUGACUGCUUCUUUUUCCAGUUUUACUCUCUCCAAAGUAAUAACCCAGGAUGGUUAUAGGAGUCCCAAAUUGGGAUGGUUCAGCCAGAUGUGGCAACAUUUUAAAUAGAUGUGCAUAUCCAUAUUCAACAGCUUCUAGUAUAUUUUCAGGCAACAGACACUACGAAUAAUGAAAAUAUUUAAAGGGACACUAUAUGAAUGUGGCAAUGUAUCUGAUUCAUGUCAUUAAACUCGUUAUAGUGUCUGAAAUCCCCUGCUGCCAUCAUUUUAUUCAGCAUUAAAUAGGUUUUAAUGUUUUUCUGUAUUGAUACUAAAUGAGAGUUCCCAGCAGCCACUCCCCUCUGUGCUGCUCUGGCUAAUGAGGAAGUAUUAGCCUGAGCAGCAAUGGGCAGCUGUGAUUGGUUGAGAGUAUCAGCUGUCAUCUUUUAGCCUGUCAGAGUUCCAAUUGAUGGUAUGACUAAAAUGAAGUAUGUAAUCUCUGCCUUAGUCACACCUCCAGAUGGGACAAACUGCGGGUAGCCAGGAACCAUUAAUUAGUGUUAACUUGCUCGAAGACAGCGCCAAGGGACUCCAUGCACUAUAACCAAUUCAAAGAGAUUAAAUUAUUAUUGUGAGUACAGUGUCUCUUUAAUUGUAUUUGGAGAAGAGAGGAACACUAAGUGACAGGGAGGGGAGAGGUACACUAAGGGACGGGGAGGGGAACACUAGAGGACGGGGAGGUACACUAAGGGACAGAGAGGGGAGAGGUACACUAAGGGACAGAGAGGGGAGAGGAACACUAAGGGACAGGGAGAGGAACACUAAGGGACAGGGAGAGGAACACUAAUGGUCAGGGAGGGGAGGGGAACACUAAAGGACAGGGAGGGGGAGGUACACUAAGGGACAGAGAGGGGAGAGGAACACUAAGGGACAGAGAGGGGAACACUAAGGGACAGGAACACUAAGGGACAAGGAGGGGAGACGAGAGGAACACUAAGAGACAAGGAGAGGAGGUGAGGGGAGACGAACACUAAAUAAUAUUGACUGGCAUGUAUAUUUUGUGCAUUUACCACUUAAUAAAAAACAUUUGCAAAAAAAUUAUUAAAUACAAAUUUUCAGUUAACAGUAGAUUUGUGUAGAUUUAUUUUUAUUUUUUUAAAUGGUAACUGUACAGAAUAUCAGUAUCAGUAAGUUAUCAGCUAUCAGCCUGAAAGUUCACAGAUUAUCGGUAUCAUAUUGGCUCUGAAAAACCAAUAUCGGUCGAUCCCUAUUAAAAACCAGCAAAAGAUAACUUUGUGAUAGAGAAAAAUAAAAACCACUACCAGGAUGAAUAUAUAAACAAAUAUGUAUCUGAAAACUGGUUAUAAGGUCACUAUACAGAACCUCUGGGAAAUGCAACAAACAACAAGAAAACAACUGUUCAAACGCCAGUAGCUGAUAAAACUGGAGAGGAUAAUAUAAAUAAACCUUACUAAAAUAAUGAUAAUUUUUUUUUAAAGAUAUAUUUUAUUAUCCUAUUCAGUUUUAUCAGCCUCUGGUCCUUCGAACAGUUGUUUAACUGAUCAUUUUCUUGUAGUUUGUAACACGUCAAAUAUAGUCUUGACAGGCAUUCCUAAGGACAUGUCUCUAUGUCCAGAGAAUUAGCUUGAAUCCCCUGACCUAUACAUAGCAAGGCACAGAGUACAUAGACACCAAUGAAGUUGUACAAACCCAGGACAAAACUGUACAGCAGACUGACCACUAACAAUUCGCCGUCGGCAUUAAAAGGACAUUCCAGCUUUAAUGCUUUUGGCUCCAUUAAUAUGCUGUAUUUUUUUCCACAUGUUCAUAUAUUUCCAGUUUUUGUACACCAUAGCCAACACCCUCACUCAAAAAAAAAGACAUCCUUAUCAAAUGUAUGCACACAGUCACUGAUAGCACUGAGUGAACUGAUUGUAAUUCACAACUUGGAUGCUGAUAAUCAGAGGAACUACAAACAGGGAUAUCACUAUGGUUUGGAUUUAAUUAUUUUGCAUAAGAUAUUCAAAUUAUCACAAUCUAUUAGAAAAACUUUUCAAAUGAUUGAUGUACAAAAAUUUCUAUAGACACUAAUGGUGUCUUUUGUAGAUUAAUCUAAAUUUAAAACAGAUUGUGAUAAUCUGAAAACCUUAUCCAAAAGAUUUAAAUUGAUACCUAUGUUUCUCCCUGGGUGAAUUCUCCUACUAAUGCAGGUUGCUUUGUAGUUCAGAUCACUCAGUGCUGUCAGUUGCUAAGUUGUGUGUAUAAUAAAGAAAAUAUUUUCUGGAGUGAUUGACAUGGCGCAUUACUCUGCAAAACAUUUAUUUUUAUUUUUGUGUGGAAAACCUAUAAAGAUUUGAGCAUGCAAAUAUGCAGCUUUAAUCUAAAUAAAAAUUAGAGAAAAAAAAAAAAAAACAGUGUUACUCGCCUCAGUAGGGUCCAGUCCCUGCAGCCGCUCAUCUAACAGUCCAAUCCAUAGAGCAGCAUUGGGCAUUGAAAUAGCAUGUGUAUCACCUUUGUGCUCCUGUUGAAGACUAGUUGUGAGAACCAAGAAACAGAAGCGCCACUAGUGACUGUCAAGUACAUAGCCACUAUCUGCAAUGUAAGAAUUCCUAUAUCUACUAAACUACAAUGAUUCACAUUGUACAUUUAAAACUAAAUGACCACUGUACCCAGACCACUUUGUUGAGAUGGGAUAAGUGAUCCGUUAAGCAUAAUACUACACUGAACCCAUCAUUUUAAAAGUAACAGACUGCUCUUUAUAUUAAAGUCAGUUUGCUACUCCACCCCUAACAUUGAACAAAUCAGGCGAAGGCCAAACCACAUGAAAGCUGUAAUAGCUGAGAACGUAAGAAUAAUUGUUCUUAUGUGCACAAUCAAGAUGGCAUGUAUAGAUAUUACAUAAACCUUGCUUUACUUACUGACAAGUUAUAUUUGCUUUUAUAAGGUAGUUGAUAUGAUUUUAUAGAAAACCUUCAAAUUGUACAAAACAGUAGUUUUCAUUUUAUGGCAGCAUAUUCAAAUGCAUAAUUUCUCUCUUCUAAUAGUAGGGUUUAAAAAAAAAUAAAAAAAUAAAAAUAUUCUUUUUAUCAACUUUAUGAUUUUAGUAACCAAGUAAGUCACGUAGAACAUGUACAAAGCAUUUCAUUUAAACAUUACAUAACACUGACAUCUAAAGAUGUUUCAUUCUUUCUUGGGGGGACACAAUUCACUUUCACACACAAAAAAGGAAGGCCCAAGUAUAUAUUUUAGACAGGAAGGGCAAUUUAUUUUUCUAAAAAGGGAGAAUUAACGGGACACUAUAGUCACCAAAACAGCUUUAGCUUAAUGAAGCAGUUUUGGCGUGUAGAUCAUGUUCCUGUUGUCUCACUGCUCAAUUCUCUGUCAUUUAGGAGCAAAAUCACUUUAGGUAGCCCUAGCCACACUUCUCUGCAUGUGACGUACGCAGCCUUUCUAAGCACUUUCUAUAAAGAGUCAUCUAAUGUUUACACUUCCUUUAUUGCAAAUUCUGUUUAAUUAAGAAUUCCUUAUCCCCUGCUAUGUUAAUAGCUUGCUAGACCCUUAAGGAGCCUCCUGUAUGUGAUUAAAGUUCAAUUUACAGAGCAGGAAAUAAAAGGUUUAAAGCAAGUUGCAUCGGAUGGAAAAUGAAAACAUUUUUUUCAUGCAGGCUGUAUCAGUCACAGCCAGGGGAGGUGUGGCUAGAUCUGCAUAAGCAGAAACAAAAGGGAUUUAACUCCUAAAUGGCAAUUAAUUGACCAGUAAAACUUCAGAGGCAUAAUCUAUACACCAAAACUGCUUCAUUAAGCUAAAGAGGUUUUGGGGACUAUAUUGUCCCUUUAAGAAAUAUUUGAAUAACAUAGGAUUUCAAUCUAACUUCUAUAAACAAGAAAUUGAUAACUGCAUUGCACAAAGUAAGCCAACAAAGCCAAAAUUAAAAAAAGGAUAAGUAACAAAAUAUUUUGCUAUGCAUUUUGAGAACUCCUACCAGUUAAAAUUGUUAUUUGAAGCAGCACCAACAUUAUAUUGGGCAUCAUGAACUUGCUGCAGGAUAUUUAUCAGUUUGUAUGUUGUUUUAGGUGCUUUGUUCUACCAGCUCGCUGUUUACAUGAAGAAGAAAAAAACUAAGAGGCCAAGCUCAGUUUACAUAAUUGAAAAUGAACUGCACAAGUAUGACAUGGAAGCAAAUGGUGACACAAGGCUGUAGGUCACAGGGACACGAGACGAGUACACUACUUAGGGACAAAAGAAAAUAAAUGUGUAGAAUAUUGAAUGAGGCUACAGCUCAAGGACCCAAUGAAAGGUUUGAAGGUUCAUAACGGCAACAGAACAGAUUACAAAUCUUGGACUUUUUGAAUUGUAUAUUUUAUAGCGACACUGAGGCUAUUUGAGUAGUCUUACUGUAUCUGUCUGCAAAAAUAUAAAAUGUUUCUUACAUUGUGAUUUUUAUGUACAUCUAAUAAGAAAAACAAUGUAUCCUAUGAUCAUAAAAAGGAUUACACAUUGCCUGUGUUUACACAUUAAAAAGGAAAUGUUACUGCCUGUCUGUUCAGUAUAACUUGUAUAUACAAUGGACAUUUGAGGAUUUUCUUUAUUGGUUGUUAAAGGAGUACCACGCUUACUAGUUUAGUUUGUUUGCAGUGUCUUACUUUUUCUAUGAUAAUACUGACUAUUGUAAUAACCCCUACACUAAUCAACUUUUAUGCAAGUUCCUACCUCUGUGCCCUGCCAUGCUGCAAAUAUAUAUUAUGAAAAAUUGACAGAGUUUGUUGGCUAGAGAACCAACUUGGUAAAACCUCAGGUUUAUAGGUUAUAUUUCCUUUUAAAAUCUUACGGUUAUUAAAUGGAAUAUCCCUCUCCCCCUCCAAUCAAUAUCACUUGAUUCUGUGUAAGACGGUGCCAUGAUUCUGCUAUUGCAUGUAUGUUUGCAUUUAUAAAAUGUUUUUAUAAAAUUGAAUUAUUUCUAAAAAUAGACGUGUUCAGGUUUUCUUAUGAUGUCAGAGAAUAAAAUUUACUUUCAAACAUA